AUGGCGUCCACACCAGUUCGGAUCUUGAUGACGAUUUACUUCUACUUCGUUGUCUCGGUGUUCUUUCUCCUCGCCUUCAUCACUGAAGCUGCCGGGUUCAUCGUCCUCCUCCCCUUGAUGCUGACGCUGAAAGGUUUCCGUCGCCGCGUUCUCAGCUUCACCUUCCAGGUGUACAUGGAAAUGGAUCCGUGGGUGGUGACUUCCGUCAUCUUCCCCUGGUUAGCUGUCUUUGUCAUCAAGGAGUCUCUCUCCCGAGUCCCAAUCGCCGGGUGGUGUCUUUGGCUAGCCGAAUAUGUCAGUGUGAGAUUCACCAAGGAGCGGGGCGGAUGGGGAACUGCCCCAGGCGCCGUAAAGGAGUGCAUGCAGAAAGCCGCCGAAGUUCUGGACACUGGCUGCUCGCUGGUGGUCUUCCCUGAGGGCACCCGCAGCGUCUCCGGUCGCCUGCAGCCGUUCAAAGACGGUUUUUUCCGACUCGCGGUUGAGCAGUCAGAUGUGGAAGUUCUUCCAAUCGGCAUUCACGGCACCCACAAUCUAUGGCCAGUUACCAGCAAGCUAGUCGACUCUGGGACGGUGUAUGUGAAAUACGCCGAUCCCAUUCGUGCUCAGGGGAUGACAGCAGAAGCCUUGAAAGAGAAGACGCACCAAGCGAUCUUUGACUGCUUGAAGGCCAGCCCGGACUUCGACGCUCAGAACGAACAGCCUCUCACGCACAUGGCUUCGCAUCGCGGCCAUGGCCUCUGA